AUGGCGCAGUUGCUUGCGGAAGUGAAUAUCCCGGUCUCCAUGCAUCCAGAUUUCCUGCCUUUCACGCCACAGGAGUUCGCGUUGGUGUCCGUGGAUUUGCAAGGUUUAGAUGCCUUUCUGCAAGGCCUGACGUUUCCCGGGGAUAUUUCCGAGCCUUUACUUACAGCACGUGUGCGUUUGCUGUGGCAAAGAUGCCAAGCGUUGUCGCAGGGCCCGAAGCCCAAGGCCGCCAGCAGUGCACCAGGCAUUUCACCCGUUUCGGAUGCUAGUUGGGUCGAGGCUUUCCCUAAGAAACUAAGCCCUGAGUUGGUCAAAUCCCUUGUGCAACGCUUCGAAAGCAGGUAUCCCUCAGAGAUCAUCUGUCCCGAAACGAUGCCCUCACAACGCCUACUGGCCCUCACGGCCAAACAAAUUCAGGACAAGCAUUGGAAAUGGAUACACUGGAAAUACCGUAUGUCGGAAGACAUGCUUGAGCAACAACUGCUGCAGAGGCCAGCGAAAAUGGCCAGAUUGGAGCUGGAGAAGAUCGUGUUUGACGAGGUGCCGAGCAGGGAUGUCAGUGCGCAAGGCAUGGGCCGCCACACCAUGCAAUCCUUUUUAGAACUCCAAGCAGUGGCGCUGGCCAUGUGCGGUGCUGCGCAUCUGCACACUUUAAGGGAGUAUAACAGACGUUUUUUGUCUAAAGCCUUUGAGCGUUUCCCGUCCGAGUCGGGCCUUCGGGCCCCGUCUGCUCAGGAAGCGUUGCAGGCAGAUCAGAAACUUUGGCAGGGCAUUGCACACCUGUAUAACCACGAGCAGUGGACUUUGGACAAUGCCAUUCAUGAGGUAGUGGUUGUGCGUUCAGAGGUUCAACAGUUGUUGCAGCCACGGCCUGCUCUUCCGAAAUUCUUCAAUGAGGUUCUUCGUGGGGGCAAGGGGCGGGAGCGUGGUCCGUUCAAGGGGGCCGGCAAAGGCAAGAAAGGGCCGGAAGAUCGUCAACGCAAUCAAGUCAACGUCGGGGGGCUCAGUCUGCGCCUCGCUCAGUGGUACUCUGGCAAAGGGGGUGAACGUAAGAACCUGUGCCGGGAAUAUCAGUGGGGUCGUUGCAAGCGGGGCCGAGAUUGCAAGUUUGAGCAUUUGUGUGGUGUAAUGGCUGUGCCGGGCAAGCCGUGCCUCGGUGAACACUCGGCGAAGGAUCACAAGGUUCCGUCUGAGGGAGUAGAGGCGAAACAGCUUCAGUCCGAUGCAUUGGCUGUCUUUGCAGGUAGCCAAGGGCAGGGUGAGACUGUGCGUGUGGUAUCCAGCAGCGCUACUGUUUUGCAGGCUCAAGGUGGCGUGCCUGAGAAGGUGUCUGUCAGUCAAUCUGUUGAGGCGCCCUGUGAAGGCCCGCCGCGGCCUGUAGUUGGUGUUGCUGCGGAGGCAAGUGCUGUGGAUGUGACCAUGAUGGAGCCCCGCCCGGGUUCAUCGUCUUUUGCAGAAUGCUUGGCCUUGUUGCGCUCCAGUGGUUUGGUGGAGUGGGGCAGAGAUUUUCGUGACGGCCAGUUGUGGCUGGAAGAGCCGACAGGGGAUGUGCCUUGUUUCAUUCGGGAAUUGGGUGUAGAGUUGUCGGGUCGGUUGGUUUGCACCAAGGAGACACCCUUUGCAUUCAAUGGUGCUUUAUGGCAUGCAACCAUGCCGUGGCAGGGUGAACGCUGGGCUUUGACAGCCUAUACGUUGCCGGAGGUUUCGCCGGCAGCUCUUGCAGGGUUAAAUUUUCCGCAUCAAACUGUGGAGAUCCCACGCGUGUCUGAGUCGGUGCACGUUCCAACACCUGCUGCACCUCGGUUUUUUCUGGACAUCUGCAGUGGGUAUGCUUCCCCCUUGAGCCAGGCAUUGAAAGAGCAUGGGGUGCCUGUUCUGUCAAUCGAUGUGCUGCUGGAUGCGUCGCAUGACCUUUUACAAGAUGCCUUUUAUGAAAAAGUUUUAAGAAUUUGCUUUUCUGGGAAAUGUUCCAUGGCCCAUGGGUCCCCACCGUGCGGUGAGUAUAGCCGUUUGAAGUUGAUGGACAAGGAUGGCCCUCCGCCUGUGCGUAGCCCUGAAUUCUUGGACGGGUUGCCCGAUAACACGCCGGUCAUGCAGGAAAAGGUUCUGACGAGUUUUACUUUACUGUCGCGUACGGUCCAAUUGCUCAUGGCUGUUUACCAGUCCGGGGGGCAUACAUCACUUGAGCAACCGCGGAAUGCCAUGAGUUGGUUGGAGCCCGUGGUUCGUCGUUACUUGCAGGAGGUUUCUGCGGAUGUGAAUGUUGUGGCUGCCUGUAUGUUUGGCAUGCCAUAUCUGAAGCACUGGAUCUUUGCUUCGUCAUGGCGGCCCCUUCAAGCCCUGGCAUGUGUAUGCCCCCAUGGGCGAGACGCUCAUCACAAGGUUUUAGGCCAACGCGAUGCGGAUGGCACAUAUGUUUCGCGGCAGACUGCUUUAUAUCCGGCCCGUCUGGCUGAAGUCUAUGCGGAGAAGGUCCUGCCUUUGUUUCCGGCACCAGCUGAGGGUGUGCAGUUAUCCAUUCCGGAUGCCGUUGCUUGCAUACCAACACGCGUGGAGGACGUGUUUUCGGGGUUGCGCCCGCAACUUCAGCGCUUCAUGCUGGAAAAUAAAAUUCCGAACCGCCUGAGCGCACAAACCAAAGAGGCGUCUACUUCUCCGCUUUUCACUGAGGCCGAGGUUUCAGACUUGCGGGAAAUUUGGAAUGGGUGGUUCAAAGCCCAAGGACAUGAGGCUCCGGCAUGGGAUGUCCCUGAGGGCCAACCAUAUGCACUCCACGCGUUGCGGAAGUUAGCCCAGGUCAUGCACGACCCGGACGAGGCCUUGUGGCCUGCCUUGCUUGCAGGGGUGCCUACCGGUGUUCGGCACGAUAUACCAGCGAGUGGCGUUUUCGUUCCUGUUGCAUCAUCUGCCGCCCCUGCACUGGAUGAGCAUGAUUUCCUGCUGUGUACAGGCAAUUGGAAGGGUGCAGAGGAUGACCCUGCCCUGUUGGAAAGGUUGCUUGAAAAAGAAGUGCAAGCCGGUUUUUUGGAGGAGGUGCCGGACCUUCAAACUGCGCAAGAUCGCUGGCCUCAGCUUGCGAUUGGUAAGGCUAACAUUGUGCAUGCGUUGGGACGCGACCCACGGCUCAUCAUUGAUCCCACGGUAUCUGGAUUGAAUCCAGCGUGUCACAUUCCUGAGAAGUUUUGCUUGCCCGGACUUCAUGAUGUGCAAUGUGGCGUCCCCAUUCGCGGUUCUUCUGCAGAGCUGGCUGCUUGCACUUUGGACAUAUCCGUGCAGAAACUGCUGGAGGCGGUAAAUUUCGUCCUGAAGGCAACAAAGUUGUGUCGCAAGGAUUUGGAGCGUAUCAUUGGGCUCUUGCAUUGGGUUGUGCAAAUUUCGCCUACUUUGCGGCCGUGGUUGUGUAGUCUGUACCACGAUAUGGAACGCCCUUUAGCGACAAAUUUUUCCUUCAGCGCAUUUGCAUGGCAGCAGCUGCCAACCUGUCUGGAUUCAGACAUGAUUUUUUCGCGUACACCACCUGGCACGAGUAUUCGUGUAGGGUCACGCUUACUUAGUGUUCGUCACGUGGAUGUGAAGUGCAAGGCCGAUCUUACACAGGUUCAAUUCACUGGCAAGCGGUUGUGGGCGCGUGUUGCUGACCCAACGACUGACCGUCGCAAGCUCUCUUCGUUGAGUAUCUCUUUUUUGAGUUUCUGGCGUGAUUGGUGUGAGCAGCCGCAAAUUUUGCGCCCGUUGAACGCGACACCAUUCGAGCCCUUGGUGAAGCUGGCCGCAGAUGCUUGCGCUAGCGGUCAGAACGUUGGCAUUGGUGGCUGGGUUGAGUUUCCCGGUCAACCACGCUUAUGGUUCGCUGAGCGUUUUGAAGUGUCCGAUUUUUCGCAGUGGGGUAUUUCCAUGCAGUCCCCUGCAAAUCUGGAUAUUGUUUGCUAUGAAACUUUGGCCCAGAUAGCUCUUGUCCAUGUAUUUGCCACAUCCUGUGUCGGUGGCAGAUGUCGGGUUCGCAUACCCAGCUGGUCUGAUAACACAGGCACUGAGGCUGUUUGCACAAAGCUCUUCACAACCGUUCAGCCGUUGGCUGCUUUUGUGCAGCAAUUGGCUAUUCAUGCGUGGCGUUCGCAUGUGGAGCUUGAUACGUCCCACAUCUCUGGUUGUCACAAUGACAAGGCUGACUUCCUCAGCCGAUGGGAUGGCGUGUCUGCAUUACCUGAGGAAUGGCUUCCAGCUUACAGAGUGUCCUGUGCUUUGCCUGUUUUGUGGGCAUAUAACCAUGACAUCCGCCUUUUCCCACCUGAGGCCCGCUUGCUUUGGGAGCUGCCCCUUAAUAAGUGGCGCGAAUUGUCGCAAUGA